CCACAAAACUCCAAACUUAAAAUCAACCAUUGUCAUAAUUCCUGUUUUCUUUGCAGUAGUAAAGCCACUAACCUAACUAGUCCUGUACUGCCCUUUCCUCUGAAGCGGUCUAGCGCCCCCUAGUAUAGUUGCACCUCACAAGUUUACAGUACUGCUUUACUCUCAUGUUUGCGUCAUGAUGCUUCCUUAUUAAAUCCUGAACUAAGUCUUUACAGUAUAUGGAGAUCAUAACUAUAAAAAAACAAAAAAGAGCAAUAUUUAAAUGUUUUGUUAAUAUUGGCAUCAUAUAAGUAUAAAUAACAUCACAAAAACCCGCCUAAAAUAAUAUUAAAUUGUUGUAAUAAAAGUAAUUUUAAUUUUUAAAGCAUUUAAUGAACAUUUGCCAUGACUCUUAUCCGGACCCCGAACCAGUGUUUGCAUUUGACAACUCCGCAGUGGCAGCUCGGGUUUCCUAGGGGGAAGUGGACAGCAGGCAGCACAUGGACAUCAUUUCCCAGCUAUCAACGCUGCUGCGACCCCUGGAGUAGAAGAAGGAGAAUCAGUGGUGGCACAGAUCCAGGCUGUGAUCGCACUCACAGUCAGAGCCGCCGCUGCCGCUGCUGCCGCCGCUUCAGUCUGUGAUCGCAGCUCCACAGCACGCCGCAGCGGGGAGGAGGAGGAGGAGGAGGAGACGGGGAGCUGUCAGAGAAAUCUGGAUGAGAGCAGGAGCCGCUGCAGGCAUGUUGUCUUAGCGGCUCUUCCGCAGGAAGCUGAAACACCGAACGUUUAGCCGCACAACAAGAGGUUUGUCCCUUGUGCGGCGACCAUGUCAGAUAAGAUGUCCAGCUUCCUUCACAUCGGGGACAUCUGUUCCCUGUACGCAGAGGGAUCCACCAACGGCUUCAUCAGCACCCUGGGCUUAGUGGAUGACCGCUGUGUGGUCCAGCCCGAUGCAGGAGACCUCAACAACCCCCCAAAGAAGUUCAGAGACUGUCUCUUCAGACUGUGUCCCAUGAAUCGGUACUCAGCCCAGAAGCAGUUCUGGAAAGCAGCAAAGCCUGGAGGGAACACGGACACGGUGCUCCUCAACAAGCUCCAUCAUGCAGCUGACUUGGAGAAGAAGCAAAAUGACUCUGAAAACAAGAAACUACUGGGAACAGUUAUUCAGUAUGGGAAUGUUAUUCAGAUGCUUCACCUGAAGAGCAACAAAUACCUGACGGUGAACAAACGUCUGCCCGCUCUGUUGGAGAAGAACGCCAUGAGAGUCAUGUUGGACACAGCUGGGAAUGAGGGCUCCUGGUUCUACAUUCAGCCCUUCUACAAACUCCGCUCCAUCGGGGACAGUGUCGUCAUCGGUGAUAAAGUGGUUCUGAACCCUGUGAAUGCGGGGCAGCCGCUGCACGCCAGCACGCACCAGCUCGUGGAUAAUCCUGGCUGCAACGAGGUGAACUCCGUCAACUGCAACACCAGCUGGAAAAUCGUCUUGUUCAUGAAAUGGAGCGACAAUCAGGAGAUCGUCCUGAAAGGGGGGGAUGUGGUUCGGUUGUUUCAUGCAGAACAGGAGAAAUUCCUCACCUGCGACGAUCACAGAAGAAAACAGUACGUUUUCCUCCGCACAACCGGACGUCAGUCAGCCACGUCUGCCACCAGCAGCAAAGCCUUGUGGGAGAUCGAGGUGGUGCAGCACGACCCCUGUCGGGGUGGAGCCGGUUACUGGAACAGCCUUUUCAGAUUCAAACAUCUGGCCACUGGACACUACCUAGCUGCUGAGGUGAAUCCAGAGUACGAAGAGGAGUGUCCAGAGUCACGCUCCUCGCUGGACUCAGAACAGGAAGCCCUCAGAGCCCGUUUGAGGAAUGUCCAGGACAAAGUCAUGUACACCCUGGUGUCUGUCCCUGAUGGGAACGACAUCUCCUCCAUAUUUGAACUCGACCCUACCACCUUAAGAGGGGCAGACUCGUUAGUGCCCAGAAACUCCUACGUCCGCCUCCGACACCUCUGUACAAACACGUGGGUUCACAGCACUAACCAACCCAUUGACAAAGACGAAGAGAAACCUGUCAUGUUACGUAUCGGGACGUCUGCUCUCAAAGAGGACAAAGAGGCGUUCGCCAUCGUUCCUGUUUCCCCGGCAGAAGUCAGAGACCUGGACUUCGCCAACGACGCCAGUAAAGUUCUGGCUUCCAUCGCGGGAAAGUUAGAAAAAGGCACAAUCACCCAGAAUGAACGAAGAGCGGUGACGAAGCUUCUGGAGGACCUGGUGUUCUUCGUCGUGGACAUUCCCAACAACGGUCAGGACGUCCUGGAGAUCAUGGUCAACAAACCAAACAGAGAACGACAGAAACUCAUGAGGGAACAGAAUAUUCUCAAACAGAUCUUCAAGCUGCUGCAGGCUCCCUUCACCGACAGUGGAGACGGACCCAUGCUGCGACUGGAGGAGUUGGCCGACCAGCGCCACGCCCCCUUCAGACACAUCUGCCGCCUGUGUUACCGCGUCCUACGGCACUCUCAGCAGGACUACAGGAAGAACCAGGAAUACAUCGCCAAACAGUUCCGCUUCAUGCAGAAACAGAUCGGCUACGACGUCCUGGCGGAGGACACCAUCACAGCUCUGCUCCACAACAACCGCAAAUUACUGGAGAAACACAUCACGGCGGCUGAGAUUGACACGUUCGUCAGCCUGGUCCGAAAGAACCGGGAGCCCAGGUUCCUGGACUACCUUUCAGACCUGUGUGUGUCGAUGAAUAAGUCCAUCCCUGUGACACAGGAGCUCAUCUGCAACGCCGUUCUGGAUCCCACUAAUGGUGACAUUCUCAUCGAGACAAAACUGGUCCUCUCCAGGUUUGAGAUCGAGGGAGCGCCGCUGGGGGAAAAUUCCGUGGAGUCUGAGGAAGAUGAGGAGGAAGUCUGGUUGUUCUGGAAGGACAGCAACAAAGAGAUAAGGAGUAAAAGUAUAAGAGAGCUGGCCCAGGAUGCCAAAGAAGGUCAGAAGGAGGACCAGGAUGUGAUCAGCUACUACAGGUACCAGUUGAAUCUGUUUGCGAGAAUGUGUUUGGACCGACAGUAUUUGGCCAUCAACAAGAUCUCAGGCCAACUGGACGUGGACCUGAUCCUGCGCUGCAUGUCCGAUGAAGACCUGCCCUUCGACCUGCGGGCGUCCUUCUGCCGUAUGAUGCUGCACAUGCACGUGGACCGUGACCCGCAGGAGCAGGUCACGCCUGUCAAAUACGCACGCCUCUGGUCAGAGAUCCCAUCAGAGAUCGCCAUCGAUGAUUAUGACAACAAUGGAACAUCCAAAGACGAAAUCAAGGAAAGAUUUUCUCAAACUAUGGAGUUUGUUGAGAACUACCUGAGGGAUGUGGUCUGUCAGAGUUUCCCCUUCGCUGAUAAAGAGAAGAACAAGCUGACGUUUGAGGUGGUCAACCUGGCCAGGAACCUGAUCUACUUUGGUUUCUACAACUUCAGUGACCUGCUGAGAUUAACUAAGAUCCUGCUGGCUAUUUUAGACUGUGUCCACGUCAGCACCACCUUCAGUUUCAACAAACUGGACAAAGAAGAUGAAAGUAAAGGCAGUAACGUGAUGAGGUCCAUCCACGGUGUCGGCGAGCUGAUGUCCCAGGUGGUGCUGAGAGGAGGAGGCUUCCUUCCCACAACGUUCAACAACAACGCGACCGCGGGCGCAGUUAAAACGCAGACGGAACCGGAGAAGCAGGACAUCCUGGUCAUGGACACCAAGCUGAAAAUCAUCGAGAUUUUACAGUUCAUCCUGAACGUACGUCUGGACUACAGGAUCUCCUGUCUGCUCUCCAUCUUCAAGAGAGAGUUUGAUGAGAGUAACUCCCAGAACGAGUUGACCAUCACCGGAGUGGUGGAAGGACCCAACAACAUGCCAGGGGCUCUGGAUUUUGAAAACAUCGAAGAGCAGGCAGAGGGCAUAUUUGGUGGAAGUGAAGAGAACACGCCACUGGACCUGGAUGACCACGGGGGCCGGACCUUCCUGAGGGUCCUCCUUCACCUGACCAUGCACGACUACCCUCCUUUGGUGUCCAGAGCCCUGCACCUGCUCUUCAGACACUUCAGCCAAAGACAGGAAGUCCUGCAGGCGUUCAAACAGGUCCAGCUGUUGGUCACCAGCCAGGAUGUGGAAAACUACAAGCAGAUAAAGUCCGACCUGGACCAGCUGCGUUCUAUCGUAGAGAAGUCCGAGCUGUGGGUGUACAAGAGACAGGGUCCUGACGAAGGCAUGGACGCGGCGGACGGGCUGUCGACGGAGUCGGAACACAAAAAGGGUGACUCCGGUGGGACAGACAAGCCGAAGAAAGCCGAGAGUACGAGCAGUUACAACUACAGAGUGGUGAAGGAGAUUCUGCUGCGACUCAGCAAGUUGUGUAUACAAGAAGGUCUUUCAGGGAGGAAGAGCAGGAAACAGCAGCAGAGACUUCUGAGGAACAUGGGGGCUCAUGCUGUGGUCCUGGAGCUGCUGCAGAUCCCAUACGAGAAGGGCGAAGAUCUUCGUAUGCAGGACAUCAUGAAGCUCGCUCAUCAGUUUCUGCAGAACUUCUGUGCAGGGAACCAGCAGAACCAAGCUCUGCUGCACAAACACAUCAAUCUGUUCCUCAACCCCGGGAUUUUAGAGGCCAUCACCAUGCAGCACAUUUUCAUGAACAACUUCCAGCUGUGCAGUGAGAUCAACGAGCGCGUGGUCCAGCACUUCGUCCACUGCAUCGAGACGCACGGCCGCAACGUGCAGUACCUGAAGUUUCUGCAGACCAUCGUCAAGGCGGAGAACAAGUUCAUCAAGAAGUGUCAGGACAUCGUGAUGGCAGAGCUGGUGAACGCCGGCGAAGACGUCCUGGUCUUCUACAACGACCGCGCGUCCUUCCAGACGCUGGUCCAGAUGAUGCGAUCGGAGCGGGACCGCAUGGACGAGAACAGUCCGCUGAUGUACCACAUCCACCUGGUGGAGCUGCUGGCCGUCUGCACCGAGGGCAAGAACGUCUACACCGAGAUCAAGUGUAACUCGCUGUUACCGCUGGACGACAUCGUCCGCGUGGUGACACACGAGGACUGCAUUCCUGAGGUGAAGAUUGCUUACAUCAACUUCCUAAAUCACUGCUACGUGGACACGGAGGUGGAAAUGAAGGAGAUCUACACGUCCAACCACAUGUGGAAACUUUUUGAGAACUUCCUUGUUGAUAUUUGCAGGGUUUGCAACAACACCAGUGAUCGUAAACACGCCGACACCAUCCUGGAGCGAUAUGUGACUGAGACGGUCAUGAGCAUCGUGACCACCUUCUUCAGCUCACCGUUCUCUGACCAGAGCACCAGUCUGCAGGCGUCUCUGUUGGGGAAAUUUUUCCAGACCAGGCAGCCGGUCUUUGUGCAGCUGUUGCAGGCAGUGUUCAGAGUCUAUCACUGUAACUGGCUGGUCCCAGUCCAGAAGGGUUCUGUUGAAAACUGUAUAAAGGUGCUCUCUGAUGUUGCCAAAGGCCGAGCCAUCGCCAUCCCAGUGGACCUGGACAACCAGGUCAACAACCUCUUCGUGAAGUCCAACAACAUCGUCCAGAAGACGGCCAUGAGCUGGAGACUGUCCGCUCGUAAUGCUGCCCGCAGAGACUCGGUGGUCACCGCGUCACGGGAUUACAGGAACAUCAUAGAGAGACUGCAGGACAUCGUGUCCGCUCUGGAGGACCGUCUGCGACCUCUGGUCCAGGCCGAACUGUCGGUUCUCGUGGACGUGCUGCAUCGGCCCGAGCUGCUGUUCCCCGAGAACACGGACUCGCGCAAAAAGUGCGAGAGUGGCGGCUUCAUAUGCAAGCUGAUCAAACACACCAAACAGCUGCUGGAGGAGAACGAGGAGAGACUGUGCAUCAAAGUCCUGCAAACGCUGCGAGAGAUGAUGACCAAAGACCGGGGCUACGGAGAGAAGCUCAGGGCCUUUGAUGAUGAGAUGGAUUUGCCUAAGCAGCUGGAUCAAAACCAGCCUGAGAAGAUUUUGGAGGACCAGAAGAGGGGUGAAGCACUGAGACAGAUUCUGGUGAACCGUUACUAUGGCAACUUCCGUCGUACCGGUGGGCGAAGGGACAGUCUUACGUCAUUCUCUAACGGUCCCCUCAGUCCAGUUGUACCCGGGAAAAGCCAAUCAGCUUUGGGAGUCCCCGGAGGCCUGAGUCGAGGGGAGAUGAGUCUUUCAGAGGUUCAGUGUCACCUGGACAAAGAGGGAGCCUCGGACCUGGUGAUCGACCUCAUCAUGAACACGACAAGUGACCGGGUCUUCCAGGAAAGCAUCCUGUUGGCUAUUGCUCUGUUGGAAGGAGGAAACACCACCAUUCAGCGCUCGUUCUUUUGCCGUUUAACCGAAGACAAGAAGUCAGAAAAGUUCUUCAGGGUUUUCUACGACCGCAUGAAGUUGGCACAACUGGAGAUCAAAGCCACAGUGACGGUCAAUACCAGUGACCUGGGCAACAGGAAGAGGGACGAUGACAGCCAGGAUAAAGAUGCCCCUGUCCGUAAAAAAGCCAAAGACCCUGCAGUGGUCAUGACAGAGGAUGUGAAGGAACAACUGUUAGAGGCUUCAUCUGCCACCAAGAAGGCCUUCAACUCGUACCGCCGCGAGGCAGACCCCGAGGAGCACUUCACCUCGGUGGAUGGCCAGGCCAGCGGCGGAGACAAGAACCAGGAUGACGGCGAGAUGAGCUUUGUCAUCGUCAUCAUGCAGCCCAUCCUCCGCUUCCUCCAACUCCUUUGUGAGAAUCACAACAGGGACUUACAGAACUUCCUUCGUUGUCAGAACAACAAGAACAACUACAACCUGGUGUGUGAGACCCUGCAGUUCUUAGACUGUAUUUGUGGAAGCACCACAGGCGGUCUAGGCCUGCUGGGACUGUACAUCAAUGAAAAGAACGUGGCUCUCAUCAACCAAACCUUGGAGAGUCUCACAGAGUACUGCCAGGGACCAUGUCACGAAAAUCAGAACUGCAUUGCCACUCAUGAGUCAAAUGGGAUUGAUAUCAUCAUCGCUUUGAUUCUCAACGACAUCAACCCACUUGGAAAAAAGAGAAUGGACCUGGUGCUGGAGUUGAAGAACAAUGCAUCGAAGCUGCUCCUGGCCAUCAUGGAGAGCCGGCAUGACAGCGAGAACGCCGAGAGGAUCCUGUAUAACAUGAGACCUAAAGAGCUGGUGGAGGUGAUCAAAAAGGCCUAUCUCCAAGGAGAGGUCGAGUUUGAGGAGUCAAAGGAGGAGGAGGACAGCGGAGACGAGGAGGAGCAUGACGCCGCAUCCCCCAGAAACGUUGGACACAAUAUCUACAUUCUGGCUCAUCAGUUGGCGCGUCAUAACAAGGAGCUGUCCAUCAUGUUAAAGCCAGGGGGGGACAGCGGAGACGGAGACGAGGCCCUGGAGUUCUACGCCAACCACACGGCACAGAUAGAGAUUGUGCGCCAGGAUCGUACGAUGGAGGAAAUUGUUUUCCCCGUGCCCAACAUCUGCGAGUUUCUGACCAUGGAGUCGAAGCUGAGGGUGUAUUACACCACAGAGAGAGACGAGCAGGGAAGCAAGAUCAACGACUUCUUCCUGCGAGCGGAGGAUCUCUUCAAUGAGAUGAACUGGCAGAAAAAACUCCGAGCCCAGGCCGUGCUGUACUGGUGCUCCAGAAACAUGUCUGUGUGGAGCAACGUGUCCUUUAACCUGGCCGUGCUGAUGAACCUGCUGGUCUGCUUCUUCUACCCCCUGGAGGGCGUUCAGUCAGGCAUGCUGGACCCACACCUGUCUGCGCUGCUGUGGAUGGGAGUUUUGGCAACACUGGUAAUUGUUGUUAUCAUGCCUCAGCCUCUGGGCGUCCGUGCCCUGGUCAUUGUCACCAUCCUCCGCCUCAUCUUUUCCGUUGGCCUAGAGCCCACGCUUUUCCUCCUGGGUGCCUGUAAUGUGUGUAACAAAAUAAUCUUCCUGAUAAGUUUCGUCGGGAACCGAGGAACUUUUACACGAGGCUACAAAGUCAUGGUGUUGGACUUUGAGUUCCUCUACCACCUGCUCUACCUCAUCAUCUGCUGUCUGGGGGUGUUUCUUCACGUCUUCUUCUACAGUCUUUUGUUAUUUGACCUGGUGUACAGAGAAGAGACGCUGCUAAACGUAAUCAAGAGUGUGACCCGUAACGGACGCUCCAUCGUGCUGACCGCGGUGCUGGCUCUCAUUCUGGUCUAUCUGUUCUCCAUCGUGGGCUACAUCUUCUUCAAAGACGACUUCAUCCUGGAGGUCGAUCUGAUUCCCAACACCACAAUGAAAAGUGGAUCCAGUUUGGCCAACGAGUUUCUCUCUGGGGGAAUGUGUCGCGGUGGAGUCGAUCAAAACUGCACCUCAGCGAACACGCAGGAAGGGAGUGACGGUGAGAAGGCAGGUGACAAGGAGCGGACGUGUGACUCCCUACUGAUGUGCAUUGUCACGGUGUUGAGCCACGGCCUACGGAGCGGAGGAGGCGUAGGCGAUGUUCUCCGCAAACCUUCAAAAGAGGAGCCACUGUUUGCAGCCAGAGUCAUCUACGACCUGCUGUUCUUCUUCAUGGUCAUCAUCAUCGUGCUGAACCUCAUCUUCGGUGUCAUCAUCGACACCUUCGCCGACCUGAGGAGCGAAAAACAGAAAAAGGAGGAAGUGCUGAAGACGACGUGCUUCAUCUGUGGUCUGGAACGGGACAAGUUUGACAACAAAACAGUGACUUUUGAGGAGCACAUCAAAGAGGAGCACAACAUGUGGCACUACCUGUUCUUCAUAGUGCUGGUAAAAGUGAAGGAUUCCACUGAGUACACAGGCCCGGAGAGCUACGUGGCUGAGAUGAUCAAGGAGCACAACCUGGACUGGUUUCCACGGAUGCGUGCCAUGUCGUUGGUGAGCAGCGACGCUGAGGGCGAGCAGAACGAAAUCAGGAACCUUCAGGAGAAGCUGGAGUCCACCAUGAGACUCGUGGCCAACCUGUCGGGACAGUUGACGGAGCUGAAGGAGCAGAUGACUGAGCAGAGGAAGCAGAAACAAAGGAUCGGUCUGCUCGGCCACCCCCCUCACAUGAACGCCAACCCCCAGCAGCCUGCCUAAAGGUUGAACCCACCUGACAGCCCACCAC